AGAAUUUACAAAUGCUGAGGUGGUUGGUUUGGUUGGACUAAGAGAGAGAGAGAGAGUUGUAUGUGUUUUUGUGUUGUGUGGGGAAUAGCCGGUUUUUGGGGAAGGAUUCAUUGCAUACUGAAAUGGGCAGUAGCAAUGCACCUGUGCUGUGGUGUUGUCUGUCUCUGUGGACUACACCUAUUUUUCUUUUCUUUUUCUUUUCUUCCUUUUUUGCAAUACUAUGACUUUGUUUCUUCGUGACACAUAUCAUAGACAUAUAAUACAUUCAUUCCCCUGAACGAACUCCAAACCUGACUUCAUCCAUUCCAUUCCAAAGCUUCUUCCUUCCUCUCUUCUCUUUUUUUGCCCUGCUCUGUGGGGUUUACACUCUCAACUCAAAUGCUCUUCACCCUUUUCUCUCUGAUCUGCUUUUUUCUUCUCCCUCUCUCAGAUCCUAAAGGGAUUCAGCUGCUGCAACCCAGAUUCUCUUGCUUGUGCUUGUGGACUUAUUAUCAUCUGUGCUCAUGCCUGCCCUUGUCAAUUACAGUGGUGAUGAUGAACUGUACCCGGGGGGUUCUUUUUGCCCAAAUCCAAUGGAGUUGGGUCGCUUGUACACUACUAUUGGCUCCAAUUUGGAUAUGUACUACCCUCCUACUAAGAGACCACGCUCCAUCUUUGAAGCUAUUGAGCGUGAGCAGUAUUAUCAAGACCCUGGUAUUGAGGUUCUUCCAGAUGAAUGCCUCUUUGAGAUAUUCAGACGCCUCCCUAGUGGCAAAGAGAGAAGCUCAUGUGCCUGUGUAUCUAAACGGUGGCUUAUGCUUAUGAGCACUAUCUGUAAAGAUGAGAUUGAGGGGACUACUUCUGUUGCUGAAACUGUUUCUUCUGAUGAGAAUCAAGAUAUUGAUGAUGAUGGCUACCUUACAAGGUGUCUAGAUGGGAAGAAAGCCACUGAUGUGAGGCUUGCUGCAAUUGCAGUUGGGACUAGUAGCCGUGGCGGUCUAGGGAAGCUUUCAAUCAGAGGAAGCAACUCUGAGCGUGGUGUCACAAACCUUGGCCUCUCUGCAGUUGCUCAUGGUUGCCCUUCUCUCAGAUCACUUUCUUUAUGGAAUGUAUCUACCAUUGGGGAUGAGGGUCUGUCUCAGGUAGCAAAAGGAUGUCAUAUGUUGGAGAAGCUUGACUUGUGUCAUUGUUCCUCAAUCAGCAACAAGGGUUUGAUUGCAAUAGCUGAAGGUUGCCCCAACUUGACCACCUUAACUAUUGAAUCAUGCCCAAAUAUUGGAAAUGAAGGUUUGCAAGCUACUGCAAGGCUAUGCCCCAAGCUGCAGUCCAUCUCAAUCAAGGAUUGCCCUCUUGUUGGGGAUCAUGGAGUGUCUAGUCUUUUGGCAUCGGCUUCAAAUUUAUCAAGGGUUAAGCUUCAGACUUUGAACAUCACAGAUUUCUCUUUGGCUGUUAUUUGCCAUUAUGGAAAAGCAAUAACAAAUCUGGUCCUCUCUGGUCUAAAAAAUGUAACUGAAAGGGGGUUCUGGGUCAUGGGGGCUGCUCAAGGUCUGCAGAAACUACUGUCACUUACUGUUACUGCCUGCAGGGGGGUAACUGAUACAAGCAUUGAAGCCAUUGGUAAAGGUUGCAUCAACCUGAAGCACUUGUGCCUUCGCCGGUGUUGUUUUGUGUCUGACAAUGGAUUGGUAGCAUUUGCCAAAGCUGCAAUAUCUCUUGAAAGUUUGCAGCUGGAGGAGUGCAACAGGUUCACUCAGUCUGGGAUUAUUGUUGCCCUUGCAGACAUCAAAACGAAGUUGAAAUCUCUUGCCCUUGUGAAGUGCAUGGGAGUCAAAGAUAUCGAUAUGGAAGUGUCUAUGCUUUCUCCUUGCGAGUCUCUUCAAUCUUUAGCCAUUCAAAAGUGCCCUGGUUUUGGUAGUGCUAGCCUGGCCACGAUUGGAAAAUUGUGUCCCCAACUUCAGCAUCUUAAUCUGACUGGACUCUAUGGCAUAACUGAUGCUGGCCUUCUCCCCCUUUUGGAGAAUUGUGAGGCUGGACUUGUCAAUGUAAACCUCACUGGUUGCUGGAACUUGACAGAUAAUAUAGUUUCAGCCUUGGCCAGGCUACAUGGUGGAACCCUCGAAGUACUAAAUCUUGAUGGAUGCUGGAAAAUUACUGAUGCAAGCUUGGUUGCAAUUGCAAACAACUUCCUAGUGCUUAAUGAUCUAGAUGUGUCAAAGUGUGCAAUCACCGAUGCCGGUGUAGCUGUUCUCUCAAGGGCCAGUCUGCCUAGCUUGCAAGUGCUUUCGUUGUCUGGUUGUUCUGAUGUAUCAAACAAGAGUGCGCCUUUCCUGACAAAAUUGGGCCAGACCUUGCUGGGAUUGAAUCUUCAAAACUGCAAUUCAAUUGGCAGCAGCACAAUGGAGUUGCUAGUGGAGAAGUUGUGGAGAUGUGAUAUUCUGGCUUAAUCAUGUUACAAAACUAGAAACAAAUAAAACUGGCUAAAUCAGGGAAGGAGAUAGAACUGUACAGGUCACAUUCGGCAUACAUUUUGGUUGAUAUGUCUAUCAAGGGUGGAUUGGUGGCAGUUUGGUGACUUGGUUGUUUUCCAGGGAACUUUGGCUUGUUACUUUAUGACCCAUUUUUUUCGCAAGCAUGAAAUGCUUGUUCCAACUUACAACCCUUUUGGCCCCUUGGCUUACUGGGGCUACUUCUUUCAUGGCUAGGGUCCCCUGAGAAUACAGUUACUAAGUCUUGGUUGAUGGUAUCCACUGCUAGAUAGUGCAUGCUUGUGCUAGGUCUUAUUUUGUACAGCUGGAUGUUGACAAUAAAAAGCAUGUUUUAGCUUCUGUUGCACAUUUGCUAUGAUGUUGCUUAGACUUAAGCUUUAGUUCAUGUCUUUUGAAGUCUUCUGUCUUUUUAGUUUAUACUAAUCAAGCAUCUUCACCAUGCCUUAGAGUGUGGAAGAGGCUUUAGCUUGUCUUCCUUUGGUCUUGUCAGUGUGGUUAUGUUGUGCAAUUUUAAGGCUAGGUACCUCAUAUUCAAGGGCUUUGGUGUGGUGGCAGGGCGUCCAUUUGUUGCUAUUUUUUUUUCUUCCCUUUUAAAUCAAGUCCUUGUUUUUGUAGGCUUGUCUUGCUUUUGAAUUGUACUUAGCAGACCACUUUGCUUGUCUUCAAUAAUAAAACUGCAAUUUCGCUUGAA